AUGUCGUCCAACAACUCUAAGAACCUCCCCCUCCGAGAAAUCCCCGGUGGCUACGGAUUACCGUUCUUGGGGCCAAUCGCCGACCGCUACGAUUUCUUCUACAACCAUGGCGCUGACGAGUUCUUUAGAAGCAGAAAGGAGAAGUAUAAAUCCAGUGUGUUUAGAUGUAACAUGCCACCUGGUCCGUUCAUAGCCAAAAACCCCAAGGUUGUGGUUCUGCUUGAUUCCGUUAGCUUCCCCAUCCUGUUCGACGUUUCCAAGGUGGAGAAGAGGGAUAUCUUCGCAGGUACAUACAUGGCGUCCACUAAGUUCACCGGCGGCUACCGUGUGCUCUCCUUCCUCGACCCCUCCGAGCCCAAACACGCCACCAUCAAGGGGCUGUUCAUCCAGACUCUAGCCAAAUUGCACGACAGGUUCCUCCCCUUGUUUUCUAGUAUCUCGGACGACAUGUUCGCGCAAAUCGAGGACGAGGUGGGUAAGACAGGGGAGUCUAAUUACAACGACAUUAACGACGUCAAGGCUUUCGAGUUCUUGUUUAGGUUAUACUGCAACGAUGUUAAACCUUCCGAUACUAAACUGGGGACCAGCGCUAGCAAGUCCAUCACGACGUGGCUUCUCCCGCAGAUCGCCCCGGUAACCUCGUUGGGACUCAAAUGGCUGCCGGGUUUCAUCGAGGACUUGUUUCUCCACACGUUUCCAAUCCCGUUUUUCCUAGUCAAAUCCCACUACAACAACAUAUACCACGCUUUCAUCAACAACCUCGGACCCCUCCUGGACGACGCCGAGAAGGUCGGCCUCCAAAGAGACGAAGCCUGCCACAACUUCGUCUUCUUUGUCUGCUUCAACGCCUACGCCGCCUUCAAGUUCUUCCUCCCGGAGCUCAUGAACUACAUCGGUUCCGCCGGGGAGGUCCUCCACCUGCAGCUGGCGGAGGAGAUCCGCCGAGCAGUGGAGCUAGAAGGCGGGAACAUCACCAUUAACGCGCUCAACAACAUGCCGUUGACCGAAUCCGCAAUCUGGGAAGCUCUCAGGAUCGAACCCCCGGUCCGCUACCAAUUCGCAGUGGCCAAAGAGGACAUAACCGUCCAAAGCCACGACGCAUCCUACCUCGUCAAGAAAGGAGAAACCAUUCUCGGGGUCCAGCCCUUCGCCACCAAAGAUCCCAAGGUUUUCGAAAACCCGGAUAAGUAUAUCCCGGAUAGAUUCGUGGGGGAGGGGAAGAAGCUGAUCGAGUACGUUUACUGGUCCAACGGGAGAGGGACUGAUAUUCCAACGGCGAACGACAAACAGUGCCUGGGUAGGAACAUGAUUAUUCUACUUUCACGCCUGCACUUGGCGGAGUUUUUCCUCCGUUACGAUACAUUCAGCGUUGAGGUUUCGCAGUACCUGUCCAGCUCCAUCGUUAAAUUCAAGUCCCUAUCCAAAGCUUCUUCAUCAACGUAACAUGAAAGCAAUCCAACGGCGGUGUGGACUGUGGAGGUCCGCGCGUGGUUACGUUGUUUCAAGCUGUAUGUAUAAUUUUCUUUAAAUUAUACUUCUGUUUUUCAUAAUUCAAAUGGAUAAUAA